GAAAAUAAAAAAAAUACGAUGGCACAAGAUCAAAUCGUACGAACCACGGUUACAGAACAUCGAGCAACGAAACGACCAACCGAAGAUGUACCUCUCAUUGUUACAUUACCUUCCAAAUUUCGUAGCCACGCUUCUUCAUCCCGUGAACCUUUUCGAUCCGUCCAGGAAUCUUUUAACACCAAAGAUGUAAAGUGA